AUAUAUUUACAGGCACACGAGGGAUACUCGUAUGUGCCCCCCAACAAGCAGCUGUCAUACGACCGGGGAUACAGUUACGAGGAGCCGCACGAUCAGUGGUCGAAUAACGACGGGAUCCCCGGCGUAGCCGGGAAAGAUUAUCCGAUCCUCCACCGAGUCCCGUGGACGCGAUUCGUGUGCGAGUGGAAGUACCCGGGCUAUUACGCCGACCCUGAGGCCGACUGCCAAGCGUAUCACAUCUGCCAACGCGGCGGCCGUAAGGACUCGUUCCUUUGUCCGAACGGCACGUUAUUCAAUCAGGAGAGACUGGUCUGCACGUGGUGGUACACCGUGGAUUGCUCCCGCGCGCAAAGUUUCUACUCCAUUAACGAGGCGGUUGCAAAAGCAAUGGAGGAAGCUGAUAGACGCCUCGGAAUAGCUGACGGACAGAAGUUAUCCUGGAGUUAUCAGCGUGAAUCUAACGAGGAGAGAUCUUGGAAUAAGAAUUGGCAGAGUGAACGACGAGGGUGGAAUAAAGACAGCACUUCAAUUCGUCAUAAUCAAGAUUUGGAUUUCCCUAAACAGUUUCUCUAUGAAACACCUGCGCGUCCUAAGUUUUUCGGUGAAUCCUCGCAAAACAGUUACAAAGGCGAUGCCUUUGGCAAGGAAUUUUCGCAGCACCGACAAACGUUUUACCUACCUGUAUGAUGUGCAACGGAUCUUACAGCAGUGCUCACUUAUAGCAUUUUAAACAUUUUAUGUAAACAUUAUUAAUAAAUUGUCUUGCUAAAGUAAGCAACGUUUGUGAGAGAAUUUUUAUCAUUAUGUCGAACGAUAUAUUCGAUCGAAAUAUUUUCUCAUUUUAGUAGAAAACGCAAUUAUCUUGGAAAUUACGUU